ACAGCCAAACCGGUCGGUGUGGAGAAGGGCUUCUGAUGUUGUCCGCCUCCUUUCUACUCUGGAGUCGUUCUUUCCACCCCCAUAACCAGCCGUGUCCUAGAUAACAAUAGGAGUCAGGAGCUUUGUAAGAUGUAUGCAUGGUUUAUCCGCUGGAUCUAUGGAGAGAGUCUGUUCAAGGAGAAGCAGAUCAAAGAGGAAUUGCACUCCGACACGUUCAGGGCGGCAGUCAGAGAGGUGCUAAGGACCGAAGAUGAGCAGGAAGACAUUGAGCACACCAAGCGACCCAGCAAUCUCCUAUCGCUCUGGAAAAACAGCAGAGCUGCUUCUUCAUUCGUGCGUGGUUUCCGCAAGAAACAAUUCGGCAUCGACCUCACAAGGCGUAGCAUCAUGAGAUCCAUCUGCGUAUCCCACCUUCAGGCCUGCAUGGACCGUGUCAAGCAGUACUCGUUGACACAGGGCAGCAAGCGGCUCACCAGGGACACAUUUCCCGGCCUGAUGACCAUGAAGGAUUAUGGUCCCCUGCGCAUCGCGUUCAUGGGUCGAAGCGGCACGGGGAAGAGCCACACAACCAAUAACAUACUGCAGCUGUUUGAUCAGGACGCUACUGAAGAGGUGUAUUCAGCGGGAGAAGGAGACGCAAGGGUCCGGGACACAGUGUUUACAACUGACUGCGGUGGGAAGAUCACUCUACGCAACAGUCGAGGUAGUGGGGAGAGGCCAGGUGGAUGCGACUCGGAGGUGCGCGUCUUGGAGGCCAUUCUCACUAACAAGCUUCAUGCUGGCGACGAGUGCUACAAGGAGAAGAUUCGUCACAACGAUAACAGUCCCAUGCCAGAUCAAUGCCACGGUGUGAUUUGCAUCAUCCCUGAGAAAGGGUUAGACGAGGACCGGCCGUUCAAGCCCGGGAGUCACACAGAGAAAUCAUUUUGGAAUGGCUUCCAGCCACUUCUCAAGCGACUGGAUCUUUGUCCGGUCACCUGCGUGACGCACAUGCGAGAGAUAGUUCCGCCGUAUGGCUUGCAGGACGGCUGGGAGAAAGUUGCUCAUGCAGCACAGAUGGUCGGUUCAUCCCAAAACAGCGUGUUCCCCAUCGAGAACAAGCAGCCGAAGACAGACAGGGCGACAGUGAUAAAGCGCCUUCGCCAGGAGCUUCUCCUUGCACUGUUGGAGGUUAUCUAUCAGGCUGAGCAGCGGCUGCACCGAAUCGAGUUAAGGACCCUGAGGGAGACGGAUCGCAGCGCAUAUGUCAAAACACAAUCCAAGUACGCCGUGGCCCGGUUCAUUCGCAGCACAGCUGAAACGUACGCUUGGCCAUCGCAUCGUGUGGCGACGAUGGAGAAUGCGCUCCGUGACCAGUGGUUGGCCCUGGGGCUGGCGCGAGAUGAGGACUACUUGACUCCGGAGCACUUCAUUCGUAUGAUGUCGAUGGCGGCCGUGUGCCAGAAGGUGUUCAGGUCAAAGCCUCAGCAAAAGCAGAUUGCCGCCGAGUUGGACAGCUUCCGACGUUGCUGGAGGGUGUGAUGACGGCUAGUUGGCGACGGUGUGCGCGCGGGAUUCAUUUCACGUCACACCGCGCUGGCAUGACACUCAUUGCGUGAUCCGCUCGCGCCAUGCCCACUGCCCGGACCGUAACACGCUAGGAUUUAAUGCUGAUUACGAGUUCAUAUCUACUACAGUAAGAUCGGGCGCCGAAGAACGCAGGGGCUCGAGCGCAGCCUAGGAAAGUUCUUAAAUUUUUGAUUCUAGCCAGACCGUUCUUAUUCACAUGCGCGCGCGGCGAGUCGAGUGACGUCAUGACGCUUGUCAUGUACAGAUGUACAUGUAGUGCAAUGUAGUACUUCUAAACUAGUGGGUGUCGUAAAUGGGAAUGACUGUACAUGUAUAGCAGUUACUGUUUACACGUGUACAUGACAUGUACUCACCUCCAGCUCCCAUACAUGUACAAUGUUCCAAAUUUUAAAAGUGUUCUUAAAUCUGAUAAUUCUAGCCUGGACUGUUCUUAAAUUUUGCCGGUUUUCCAGCCUGGGUGUUCUUCGGCGAGGUGUUCUUCGGCGCCCGAUCUUACUGUAGUACAUGUAUGCCAUCUAUGCCAUAUACGGGCAAGUGUACAUGUAGUGUGUGUGCAUGGUGCCCGAUCCAUGUUUUCUGCCUAUGCCCCUGUCGCGUCAUCUGCAGCCGUAGUCGCUGCGGAGGCAUCCAUUGUGGCUGACUGGAUAUUAUAUGAGUAUUUGAGUGCUGUUUGAUUGCUCACCAUGUCCCAGUUUUUCUUUUGUUUCCCCGGGCCUUUUUUUUGAAGUUCUUUGGAGCAGCUGGCUCAGUUUCUGCUUUUUUGGUUCAUUUUGCCCAAAAAAGAGGCCAUUUAUUUCA